AUGAGAGAGGGGAGGCAUCCUGUCUCCUUGUCUCUGGUGAUGGAGACACUGAAGGUGCUUGAACUCUGCUUUCCACAGCUCGUCAACUCCUCCUGUAGGAAGCACCUGCGUCCUCAGUCUGAGGCAAUGCUCACUUACUCUGUGCUGUCCUGCAUCUCUUUACUCACUGUGUGUCUCAACCUGCUGGUCAUCAUCUCCAUCUCCCACUUCAGGCAACUCCACACUCCCACCAACCUCCUCCUCCUCUCUCUGGCUGUGUCUGAUUUCAUUGUUGGUCUUGUUGUGAUGCCGUUUCAGAUCCUAUUAACAGAGCCCUGUUGGCCCCUUGGUGACCUGAUGUGUGCUGUCUUUUUCUUCUUUGGCUUUAACACUAUUUGUUCCUCUAUAGCGAACAUGGUGCUGAUCUCGGUGGACCGUUAUGUUGCCAUAUGUGAACCUCUGCGUUACCUAAACAACAUAAGUCAAAGGCGAGUUCGGGUCUGUGUUCUGUCGUGUUGGCUUUAUUGUGGUUUUUACACCUUCAUGAUGUUAAAAGACAACCUGAAGCAACCAGGCAGGUUUAACUCCUGCCACGGACAAUGUGUGGUUAACGAGCUGAAAGCAGCCAGGACUCUGGGUGUGGUUGUUGCUGUGUUUCUAAUGUGUUACUGUCCAUAUUUUUGUGUGUCUCUCUCUGGCUAUAACCUCAUGAUGGGUUCUUCAGUUAAUACUUUUAUAAACUGUCUGAUAUUACUAAACUCCUGUCUGAACCCAUUGAUUUACGCCUUUUUCUACCCCUGGUUUAGAAAAUCCAUCAAAAUCAUUGUUACACUUAAGAUACUUCAGCAAAACUCUUGUCAGGAAAACAUUUUGUAG